ACUAUUUCCAGUUUUCCAAGGCUAUGUGGGUUUUUUCUUGUUUUUACACACUUGCGCUUUUGACAUUGUGUACCUCUCGGUGGCCUGUCGCUUGUGGUCCAUCACCGAUUUCAAAUGCACUGUGCAGAAGCUCGCUCUCCCAGUAGGGAGCAUGUACUAACGAGCUCGGUCUCCCUCCCAUUUUCGGGAUUUACCCCGGGGCGCUCUAGCCAUUGAACGCACUGCUGAGGCUCCAGCAUCCAAGGAAUACCCUCUACUGCUGCCUUCUUUUACUGUAUGAUGUCUCGGCCGAAUGGGUUACCAACGAUGGACAUGGAAUGAUCGUUUUUUUAUUAUUAUAGAAUAACUGAUAGAUGACAUCAUGACGGUCACCUACACGGCGCAAGUUGCCAAUGCGCGCUUCUGCGGGUUCUCCAAACUGCUCCUAGCCUGGAGGGGAAGCAUCUACAAGGUCUUAUGGAAGGAGUUCCUUGCUUUCUUCGCCAUGUACACUGCCAUCAGUGUCACUUACAGAUUCUUCCUCUUUGAUGACCAGAAGAGGUAUUUUGAAAAAUUGGCAAUUUACUGCAACCACUAUGCCAGUCUCAUCCCCAUGUCUUUUGUGCUAGGUUUUUACGUGACACUGGUGGUGAACCGCUGGUGGAAUCAGUACACCCGCAUCCCAUUACCUGACCGCCUGAUGUGCGUGCUCUCGGGCGGCCUGCAGGGCGUGGACGAGCGCGGGCGGCUGCUGCGACGCACCAUGAUGCGCUAUACAAGUCUGUCCGCGAUACUGAUUUUGCGCUCGGUCAGCACCGCAGUGUUCAAACGCUUCCCGACCAUGGACCACGUCGUGGAAGCAGGGUUCAUGACCAGGGAGGAGCGGAAGAAGUUUGAGAGCCUCAAAUCCCCCUAUAACAAGUACUGGAUGCCCUGUGUGUGGUUCACUAACCUGGCCGCCCUGGCCCGCAGUGAGGGCAGGAUUAAGGACGACAGCACCCUCAAACUAGUGCUGGAGGAGCUCAAUCAUUUCAGAGGGAACUGCAGUAUGCUUUUCCAUUACGACAUGAUCAGUGUUCCCCUGGUCUACACUCAGGUGGUGACUCUGGCCGUGUACAGUUUCUUCUUCGUGUGUCUGAUAGGACGUCAGUUCCUGGACCCCACUCAAGGUUACCUGGGUCAUGACCUGGACCUGUACGUCCCCAUCUUCACUCUGCUACAGUUCUUCUUCUACGCUGGCUGGCUCAAGGUAGCAGAGCAGUUGAUAAACCCAUUUGGAGAGGACGAUGAUGACUUUGAGACCAACUGGCUGAUAGACAGGAACUUCCAGGUCUCCAUGAUGGCAGUUGAUGAGAUGUAUGGGGAUCUUCCCAUCAUGGAAAGAGACCGAUAUUGGAACGACUCUAACCCUCGUCCUCCCUACACUGCCGCAACUCUAUUCGGGCUGCGCAAACCCUCCUUCCAGGGCUCCACCUUCGACAUGGCGAUCCCCAAAGAGGAGAUGCACUUUGCGCCCCUGGCGGAUAUCACUGAGAACGUGGAGUCUGAGGGUGGGGGUCGACACCCCAACAUGGCCCUGUUCAACCGGCUCCUCUUCACUGCCCCGUCCCCCACGGGGCUCAUGGGAGGGGCGCUGCGCCGCACCUCCGCCCAGCUCCAGAGGUUCCGCCGCCCCUCCGGGAUGUACCCGCCCUCGUUCAGUGAUGAAGAGGGUGAGGACGAGGAUGAUGAAAGUGGGAAGACUUUGGGGCCGUCUGGGGGGUCGCUGCCGUCUGUUUUGGGUCAGGAUACUCAGAGUACCAUAUGUAGUUGUGGAGGGGUGGUUAAUGCUAGGACCCCCCUCAUGGAGGUACAGUUUGGGGUUGGGGUGGAGAGAUGUGGGGACGCUCUCCAAAGCCAGGAAGAGAUUAUGGAAGAAGAGGACGAAGAAGAAGAGGAUGAGGGGAACGCCCAGAAGGGGGCAGAGAAAGAGAAGCUGGAGGAAGGGAACACUGAGGUGACAGGAGAUAUUCAAAGCCCCAUGCCACUGCUCCCAUCACCCCUCCAACCUUCCAGAGACCCAGGCCAAACGUCCACCAGACAACCCCAGGAUAAGACACCCAGACCAGCCUCGAAAACCCCCUCCAGCCCCCUAGCCCCCAGCAUCAUCCACCCCCGUCCCACAGCCUGGUCCACCCGAGACCUCUUCAUCGCCGAACCAAUCACAGAGCAGAACACAGUGAUCCCCGCCAUUCCCAAGCCGCCCAUUGGUGGAGCCAAGAUGUCCUUCCUCACCGUGCCAUCCUACAGCGCCCCACAGCGUCAUAGGAGUGUCAGCAUGGGGUCAGAGUCCCCAUCAGCUCCGAAACUACAAGUUACACCCUGUUCUAGCCAAAAUUAG